CAUUUUUUUCCUCUCUUUUUUUGUCUCUCUCCAAUUUCAAAUGGGCAAUGCAGCCUCUCCAUGUUUUCUAUCCAUUUCCAUCUCCCACCGCCGCCGUACCUCCGCCGUGAAGCUCAUCUUUUCCAAUGGACCGACCCAAUUCCUUUUCGGGAACCACCAUGUCGCCGGUGAGAUCAUGUUCCAAUUCCCCGACAUGAUGGUCUGCCAUGCCGAAUCCUUCUUCAUCGGUCACCCGAUCCCGUCUUUAGCCAUCAACGACAAGCUUCUCAUAGGCGAAACCUACUUGGUUCUCCCCAUCGAUCGGUUCGCCUCCAUCGACGUUCUCUCUACCUCGUCGCUCGCUAUGAUCGCAGCAGGUAAUGCAUCGGCGGAAAAAUUCUCCGGUCCGUGUCCGUUUGAGUACGUAAGAGGAACAAAUGGGAGAGUUUUGAUUAAGGUGAUGCCGGAGUUUAUCGUUAGGCUAAUAUCUCAGGCUGCAAUGGACGGCGGAGGAGGUGAUGGCGGAGGUGGUGGGUUUCUUUGUAGUACGCCGGAAUUGAAGAAACAUUACGAUCAACUUGUUGGAACGUCAAAAGGGCAAGUUUGGUCGCCGAAAUUGGAGACUAUUUCGGAGUAUAAAAUUAGGUAUUCGCCUUGUAGAUUUGUAGGGUUUAAACUUAAACAAAAAGAAGGCUAAAUAAGUCAUUUCCUUUUUCCUUUUUCUCGUUUUCUGGUUUAAUUGUACAAAAAGAGAGAGAAAUUUGAGUAAUAUUAUCAACUCUUAUUCUUAUUUUUGAAUUUUAUUUGUUGGUUUUGUUGCAAUUUUUUUCUUCUUCCCACCAGAGAGAAAUAACGGUUUCCAGAGUUUGGUUUAAAAAAAAAAACCCCUAUUUUCAAUAGUUUGGAACUAUAUAUGUAUAAUAUA